AUGACUAUGCAACCUAUAUUGGAGAUUGAACUAUUUGAUGUAUGGGGAUUAGAAUUUAUGGGUCCAUACCCUUCUUCCUAUAGUAACCUUUUCAUUCUAGCUAUUAUAGACUAUGUUUCCAAAUGGGAGGAAGUUGUAGCAUUGCUGAAUAGAUCUCAGUUUAUUGGUCAUCAAGUUGCUAGAGCAUUGAAAAGAUAUGGUGUGAACCAUAAGAUCGCUACAACAUACCAUCCCCAAUCCAAUGGCCAGGCAGAGGUAUCUAAUCAAGAGAUCAAACAAAUUCUUGAGAAUGUUGUGAAUCCUUCUAGACAACAUUGGUCACAACGCCUUGAAAAACCUUUAUGGGCCUAUAGAACUGCAUAUAAUACUUCACUAGGGAUGUCACCUUAUCAUCUUGUCUAUGGAAAAGCUUGUCACCUACCCGUCGAGCUAGAGUAUAAGGUAAUGUGGGUGUUAAAGCAGCUGAACUUUGAUCUCUAUGCUGUAGGAAAACAACAAAUGUUGGAAAUUAAUGAAUUAGAGGAGCUUCACUACAAUGCUUAUGAGAACUCACGUAUUUACGAGGAUAAGAGUAAGAAGUGGCAUGAUCAACAUAUUCUACCAAGGGAAUUCCAUGCUGGAUAG